AUGAGGACACAAACUAGCUCACAACGUAAAGCUCAACCUGAGAAUAGGGUACAGCAAGAUGAUUCACAAGCACCUGGAGAAACUCCUGCGCAUCAAGCUAGCUCAGCAGCAUCAGCUGCUGCUGUGGCUGAAAGCGUUCCUUCUGGUCCUUCUCGCUUAAUCAUCAGGACUAGGAACAACGAUGAUUCUAUUCUUCGAUUUGAUUCUACUAAUAAUGACUUUUCAUACAGUUUUAGGAUGAAUCCUUCUGAAAGAAGAUUUGAUCUAAGACAUGGGCCAACAUCAAUCCUAAGAUUUAAUGAGGAUGGCUCAGAAAUCCAGUGAGGAGAGGACGUCAUGCUUCGGACAGAUGCUCUUGAAGUGCAGGGGUUGUGGAGAUUCAGCGAUUCUCAGCUUUAUUAUAAUGGUGUGCCACAAUGGAAACUUGUUCAUGAUGAACUUUUUAGAGUUGGGCAGCUUGCAGAAGGAUGGUCCUUACCUGACUCCGUCACACAAUGAGGAGCAGUACAUAUGUUAGGAGGAUAUUGAGCUACAUCUAACGAGAACUUAGUAAAAGUUUUCGAUAAUUUACCUUCCCACACAAGAAUUAAAAUAGAAGCUAAUUUCCACUUUUUAGACUCUUGGGGAGGUGAAACUGCCUUUUUAAGAGUCAGUGAAAAUGAAGAACUAGGAACAUUAAACUAUGCCUGGACUGAUUCAUAUGACUAUGUUUCAGCUAGGAACGCAGUAAAUGUUUGCGGAAGAGACAUUGGAGAUGGAAAAUUUAACUCAUUUAUCUCAUUUGAAAUGCUACAUUCGUUCAACCAAAUUAGAGUAAUGUUUGGAACAUCUCUUGAACAAAAAGCAUGAGCUGCUUCAUAUGGAAUAUCUUCUUUCAGAAUAUAUGUUUUGUAA